AGUGUGCUCCGACCGUGAGCCUCGCGGCACGUGGGAGGGAGCCGAGGGACGCUGCUGCGACUGGGGACCAUGCGGAGCGGCCGAAGCCGCGGGACCGAGCGCGGGAGCGGCAGCGGCACCUGCUGAGGGGAGCGGAGGGAGCGGCCCGGCGGAGGCUCGCCCGCCCUCGGCCAUGUCGCUGCUCUGCGUGCGCGUUAAAAGAGCCAAAUUCCAGGGUUCUCCAGAGAAAUUCAACACAUACGUGACCCUGAAAGUGCAGAAUGUGAAGAGCACAACUGUAGCAGUCCGUGGUGAUCAGCCUUGCUGGGAACAAGAUUUCAUGUUUGAGAUUAAUCGUCUGGACCUGGGUCUGAGUGUGGAGGUAUGGAACAAAGGUCUGAUCUGGGACACCAUGGUGGGCACUGUGUGGAUUGCACUCAAGACUAUUCGCCAGUCGGAUGAGGAAGGGCCUGGGGAGUGGUCUACUUUGGAGGCAGAAACGUUAAUGAAAGAUGAUGAGAUCUGUGGAACAAAAAACCCAACUCCUCACAAAAUUUUGCUUGAUACGAGAUUUGAGUUGCCUUUCGAUAUCCCAGAGGAGGAAGCCAGAUAUUGGACCUACAAAUUGGAACAAAUCAAUGCCUUAGGAAAUGACGAUGAGUAUUCUAGUCAAGAAGAAAACCAGAGGAAGCCAUUGCCUACUGCUGCUGCCCAGUGCUCUUUUGAAGAUGCUGAUAGUGCCGUCGAUGACCGAGACAGUGACUAUCGAAGUGAGACCAGCAAUAGCUUCCCACCUCCAUACCAUACAACUUGCCAGCCCAAUGCGUCUGUGCACCAGUUCUCUGUGCCAAUGCGAUUGCCACAGCAGCUGCUGCUUCAGGGUGGUUCCCGAGACUCCUGUAAUGACUCUAUGCAAAGCUAUGACCUCGAUUAUCCUGAGCGGCGGGCCCUCAGAUAUCCUCAGAAAUAUGAUACGAUAGACAGGAGACGAAAAAAGAAGCCCUCAUAUAAUUAUAUUGAAGACAGUAAAAGAAAGCAGUAUGUUGAUAGAUAUGGCACUAAGACCAGCUCCAAAAGUACUAUUGAUACUGAAAAUGAUAACUUUUGCCACACUGAAAAGAAGCAUUAUCCAGUUUUGCUCCCACAUCACAAUGGAUUUAGGGUUAAGAGUGACAUGCGAACUAAUCCGUUAGAACGUCAUGAUUAUGUUAGGCCUGGUUAUUUAAGUUACUGUGAAAAGUCAUCAGGCACAAACUGUCAUGCCACUGACUUCAUUGCAGUAGACUGUCUUGAAGAUUCUACUGGUAGUAGUUCUGAUGAACUUCUAGCUUCCUCCACUUCGGAUAAGCCAGAAGAUCUGCUGUCACCCACAUGGCAUCCGUCCAGUGUCCAUCAUAUUGGUGAUGUUUCUGAGAAAUAUUGUGUAGCAAAUUCAGCCUUGCCUUUAGAAAGGAUAAAUAGUGAUGCACACACAGUAGGAGAUGUGCCUGAAUGCUCCGUGAAAGAGAUGACUCCUUCCUGUAUUGGGGAUCCCAAAGAAGACUACAUUGAUACAAUGGAUGAGCUUCAGUGUUUGGUAGAAACGGUGUCAGAGUAUUUAGCAGAGAAAGAAGAGGAGAUUAAUAGAUUUGGUUCCCUUUCAAAAGCUAAAAAUACACCGAAACAGAAUAAUACUGUUGAUAAUGUAGAACAAAAUAUGCCUGGGGGUCAUGUACCCUCUUCAGCUGUUGACAUGAAUAACAAGGACAACAAGGACAAGUCCGUCUCUUUCCCUGAACUGGGUGGGGUAAAGAGUACUGUUGGUUCUUUGUUCACUUCACUCACAGAAAAGGUGAGUUCAGGCACAAAGCAUCUAACAACCUCUGUGGAAAAGCUGGUACAUUCCGUUCCAGAGAAAACGGGAGCUCUUAAUCAAAUAGAGACAGUUAAUUCAGAAUGUAGGCCCAGUGACAGGUCAGUAUUGGAGCAGGAUCUUUUUGGACAAUUUUCAUUAUCUCCUCAAAUUGUUGAUGACAAGGAUAUCAGCAAAUGUGGCAAAACCUCUAACAGUGAGGGCAAUAAAAGUGGUGAUUUAUUCUUUCAGGAUACAACAGAAACUCUUGGAAGGGCCUCAACUCCCCAGAAUCCAAGUUCAGUUAUGAAGUCUGUUUUUACCCUGCUAAAUCCAUUGAAAAUCUUUUCAGAAAAGGAGGAACCAAAAAAGGCUGACCCAAGCAAAUCUUUGGAAAGGGAAAGCCUCGUUGGGUGUGGUCUAGAGUCAAAUGAAAGGGAAGAAACCCUUCACAGUCACAGUAGUAGUAGUAUAGUUGCUAUAAAUAGGAAUGAUGGAGAAACUACAGAUUGUUCCGAGAUGCCCACCAGUAAGGAUUUGCUGCAUAUCCAAGAGGCCAGUGAACCUGCAGAUUUAACUAGUUAUACAGGUCAGAAAGGUGAUACUGAGAAUCUGUAUGAAGGAAAGCUCUGUGUGGAUCUCUCCUUGUUACCAGAUCAGCCAGAAAUGUGUCCCAAAAAAACUUCAGGACAGCUUUGGGCAACUGGCAGCAGAACUGCUAAUCAACAGGCCUUUUCACAGCCAUCUGAGGAGAACAGAGUUGCUGGAGAUCAUGAUUUCCUUGAGCCGCUCAGAAAAUCCUUCAGCCAGUUUUUGUUCACUUCCCCUGAGACCUGUUCGAAGGAAACUUUGCCAGAAUCUGUGAAAAAUCACCAGCCAAAGGAUGAUGGGCAGGAAAAGAGCACAAAGAAAAAUGACCAAUCUUUUUCCUUUAGUGGAAAACUGCAUAUUCCAUUUUUCCGAGUCCCUAGUCAUUCUGAAAAACAGCAGGAUUCAAAAGAGAAAGGAAGUGUUUUUCCUUUGUUUAAAUUUCCUUUCACUGACAGACAUAACACUGAUAAAGACCAGAGUUUUCAUGGCUCGGCAGCAAUCACUGGUAAAGAGCUGCAGACAAAUUGCCAUGAAGAUGCCAAAUAUACUUCAGCAAAAUCAAAUUCAGUUCCAGAUAUUCAUAAUGAUCUAGGGAAUCUUGGUAGUACAGAUAAAUUUAAUCAGAAUGACCAAAUAAAUUGUCCUGUAGGUACCAAAUUUAGCUCAAUAAAAUCUAGUUCAGUUCCCAAUAUUUAUAAUGAUCUAGGGAAAUUUGACAGUAUGAAGGAAUUUAAUAACAGUGGCCAAAUAAACUGUCCCAAAGAUCUCAAAUUUAAUAUGUCUAAUUCAGCCCCUAAUAUUAAUAAUCUUAGGGAGCUUGGGAAUAUAGAAGAAUUAAAUCCAGGUGAUCAUCUGGUAAUGGAGAAUUAUGAAAGAGAUACCUUAACCAUCCCUGAAGUUGUACCCAAAGAACAUAUAACUCCAAAUCCUUCAGAAGUUAAUAACCUUAUCCAAGUGACAUCUUCAACAGUGUCAAGCUCUUCAUUAGAGUCUAUUUCUACUGUUUCAAAAUCUACUUUGGUUGAUGAAAUGAGUGAAGUUGAAGUUAUAGAUAAAACUUCCCAAAAAAGAACCCAAGGAGGGCUCCUUUCUGGCCUUUUUAACAGGUUUUCUUCCUCUGAAAACCUGUCUAGUCAACAAGAAUUAAAUUUGAAAAAGGAUGAUUCCUAUCCGAAGAAUAAUACUCCCAGCUUAUUCAUCUCUGGAAUAUUUAACUUUAUCUCAAAUAGCAGUAGGAGUGAUUGUAAACCAGAUGAAACAAAGUUGGUGUCUUUAGAUGAGACAAAAAGUUUGAAUGGAAAUAAGCAUUUAUCUUUGGAUAAAGCCCCUGCUACUUCAUGUGUGACUGCCAAGAACCAGAGAAACUAUGGUGAAAAACAGGAAACUUCUGAUUUGAUAAAAAAAUUCUCAGUGUUACCUAAAGAAAGCACAGCAUCAUCAGAGGCUUGGAUUGAUGAUCGUUAUUGCCCUCUUAUGUGGAAAAGCCAGCAAGAUGAAAAGAAAUGCUCUUCUUCUGAGAACAUAAGACCUCUGUAUGUUCCUGUGGUUGAACAGGGCAUUUCAGAGAAGUCAAUGGCUAUGAGCCCAGCACCAAGUCAUGUUUUUGAAGCAGAAGUAUAUGAAAACGCAAAGAAUUUAAAUUUACCCAUAAUAAAUACUAACAUUUUAAAUAAACUCGACAAUUCACAGUCCUUUGAAGGGAUGAACAAUCCUUUGUGUUUUGAAUGGGACUCUAAUGUAAGGGAGUUCUCUAAAAAUUCCAGAAAACUUCAGCCAGUUUGUUAUAUGUUGAAUCACAAUGCAUUUCCAUCCACGGAUGCUUUCUUAUGGCCUGAUUCAGAAAACUCAGUAAUAAAUUUUUGCCAAAAAGAUAAAAAUGCAAAUAUCUUGGAAUGGAGAACAAAUCCAAAUGGUGUCAUUUGGUGUGACUUACCAUAUGAAUCAUCCAACCAGUUAGCAUUUAAUGAAGAUUACUUAUUAAGAGGUGAUAUGUGGGCAGCUAGCUCACUAUAUGGAAAUUCUGAUCAUAUUCCAGUUAAUGAAAGUAAGAACUCACUAAAUGAGUUGCCUAUUGACUUAAGUUGUACUUCAGAUUAUGAUAAAGUUACUUAUCCCACAGUUGAUCAGCAGUUGUUAAGAAUGGAUGAAUACUUUGUUCUUUCAAGCUUUGACUAUGAGUACCAGGAAUGGUUGUCAUGUCUUGAAAAUGGAAUCUGGUGGCCAUCAGAGGAUGGAAAUUAUGGAUAUUAUAUGUUCCAUGAUGGUCAGUAUAUCUAUUCUGUCCUCACAGAUCCUACUGGUCAGUAUGCAUAUUUAUUUAUACCUGAUUAUCCUUAUCAAGAAUAUUUGAGUUGCGACUUACAGACAAAUGAUCUAUCAGAUGUUACGUUGGAUGACAGUAAUUUUUCGGCCUGUAGAUUUAAUGUAUUUGACAAGAAAGAUGAAAUACUGUAUGUUGAAGAGGAAGCACUUGAUGAUCCUCUUGAUUUAUCUAUAUCUUUUCGAAGAAGUGAGGAAUCAUCGUAUCUAAAUUUAGAAACUUUUUCACAAGUACUUGAAAAGUCAAGUUAUGACCAAAGGGAUCAACCAUUAGAUUUUUCAGGCUAUAAUCCUCAAAAGUUUAAAGAAAAUUUUAGAUCUUUCAAAGAAAGGCCAUGUGGUUCUGAAAACCUUGAAUAUGCUUUAGAUUUCAGAAAUCAGUCCAAAAUUAUGAGUAAUCAUGUCUCAAAGAGAGAUCAAAUAACAGAGAAAGAUAAGAACCAGUCUCCAUUUGAAGACUCAUCAGUUCAUUUUCCCAGUUUCCAUCAGCUUCAGUCAUCUUGUAAAGAAGCCUCCUCUUUGGUUCACCCUGAAAUUAUGAACAAAGGUUUCCAGCAAGCAGAAAAGACAUCGUUAGUGAACAAAGUAACUCCAGCGUUCUCUGUUUUGGGUGCCUUAGUUAAAAACACUUUGACUUUUGGUAAAGAUGAAUCUGUAGACUCUUUGAUCAUACAAGACAUGAAUCCACAGUCAGUAUUAACACAGCUCAGAAAUGACGACUGUCAGUCAUUAAUCUUGAGUAAGCCAUUGGAGGAUAAAUCCCAGAAGGAAGAAGCAAGUCCUCUUAAGGGUUCAGAGAGACAGAUUAUAUCCAGCAUUCAACAAGAUGAAUUGACUGAGAAGAAAAGACAAGAAUCCCCUUUAAGUAAAAGUAGUCAUGUGAAAGAACAAAAUUUGCCAAAAUCAGAUGUCCUGUUUAGUGAUACAAUUCCUCAAGUGAAAUCUGAAGAUGAAGUCAUUACAGUUGAUUCUGUAGGUCUUCUUGCACCACCAUUUAAGAGGAAUGUGCACAAGGACUAUGAGCUUUCUCAGGACCAGCCUACCAAAGAACCCGAGAAAACAUUGUUUAAAAGUGCGUUGAAACUCUUUGGUCGCGGAGAAGAAUCUUCAGUAAGUGCAAUAGCAAAUGAAAAACAGGCAAGUGGAUUUUUGAACCUCUUUAAAACCCAUGUGAAUAAAGAAGGAUCAUCAGACUUAGAAAAGGAUGCUGCUAAAAAGGGACAGAUGUUAUCUCAGGAUAAGAAAGAAACUUCCAGUGUUUCCAAUUUUUUUGGUACCCUUGGAGAUCUUUUUAAAACCAGUGUGUCUCCUUCACAGACAACUGACAGUAAGUCUGUUUCUUCAGUGACUAGCAGAGAUGAUAUCAAGUCAACUCCUAAUUCUGUCCUGCUAGCUAAUCAGGAUGUUGGGAACAUUGCUGCUACACCAGUUUCCUCUAAAAGAAAGGCCAGAGGGAGAGGUUUGAGCAAGCAAACUACUAUUGAUGAAAGUGGGCUCAAGGAAACAUCAACUGUGGAAAUCCCAGGUAGUAAUUUGAUUGAGAAAGAGAUAGCCUUCAGAAAUCACCUAAUCCAGCAGCCAGCAAAUCCAUCUUUGUCAACAGGUAACCUCAGAGAGUCUUCCAGAGAGUCUUCCAUAGAAGCUAGUGCAGUAACCACAGGGACAGAAGUUUCAAGGAGUAAUAAAACAGAAGACACUCUAAACAAAAGAAAUUCAAACGAGCAGGGUCAUUUUCUUGACAAAGAUUGUGGUUUUUCAACUGCCACAACAUUUCCAUCCAAAUCAGAAUUGCCAACCAGAAAGAGUAUGUUUUCUUUCUUGACCAGGUCUGAAAAAUCUGAAAAAGGAGCCUCUAAUACGUUACCAAGAGCCAGAUCUCAAGCAGAAGGGCUAUUCAUACUUCCCUCUCUUUUUUCCAGUAAUAGUACAAGCAUUAAGAAAGAUGUCUCUUCUAGUAGCUCUACAUUUAGUUUCUUUGGCUUGUCGUUUUUGGAUGAAAAGAAACAGGCUCCUGAGGAAAAACCAAACCUUAUGACCGCUGCUCCAGUAGUGACUUCACAGCCCCAUAAAAAACCAGCUGUUGUGGUAGACUGGAGCAGUAGUAUGGCUAGUGAAAGUUCCAGGGGUCGCAGAGAUAGCCCAGUCCAGGAAGUAGUACUUCACGAACAGCAAAUGGCCCCUUGUGUUUCCAACAGCAGCACUGUUGAGGAUACCUCCCUUGCAGAUGAGCUCAGUGUAGAGGAAACUCAGGAAAAACUGGCUUUCUGUAAUGAGCCAGGGACAUCUUCAGAUUUCCAAGUGCAUCAAUUGCAACAAGAUGGUGUUCCUCCUUCACCAGAAUUCCAGGCAAAGACUGGAACAUUCUGCACUGACCCAGAGACUCUUGGGGUAGCUUUUCAUGAAAAGGAGUCUUUCAGCUUCCCUAGGGACUUCCUGGCCACAUCUUCUUCAUACGAUAACCAACUGAUUGAAAACCUCAAUGAUUUAGACAGUCAUACCAGCCGUCACCGAAAUGAACAGUUUACUUGUGACCCAUUGAACCUGCCCUUGGAAAAGGCCUCUGAGGAGGUUUUACUGCAGUCUCAGAAGGCAGCCUCUUCAUCUUCAGACCCAGGAGAUGCAGGGCCUCUGCGGUGCCAAGAUGCAGAUAAAGAGGAAGACCGAUCAGUGUUAGGCUCUCCCGUUGAAAUGCUUUCAGGAUUUGUUACUAAAGUAAAAUCUUUCUCUGAGUGUUUGAUUGAACCUCCCAAAUCUUUCUCUGGACUCUUUACCUCUCCUAAAUCUCCAAAGAAAAACCCUCUUUUCUCUGUUUCUCCUAAUACGACAUCACCACCGCCUAAAGGGGAGUUCUUUGGACUUUUCAAAAGUCCCAAGUCAGGGACAUGUAGACAGGAAUCACCUGUGGCUACUUCCCGGCUUCAGCAUGGUUAUUCCAGAGAUGCUGUAGGACCGCUGCCCCCGGAACACUUGUGGAGAGAAGUUGCCUCUGAAGCAUCUCAUUCAGAAUCUACUUUCAGUGACUGCAGAAUGGCUGUGUUUUGUGCAAUGUCAAACUCAGAUAACUUGACAGAUGACUAUAAACUAACAACCAAAAUGGAGGACAAUAAUGUGGCUGAAAACAUGCCAGAAACCCAAGGUCCUGAAACAGUUACUACAUCCUCAGUCUCUGAGGAGGAUCCUGGACAAGGAGCGUUGUCUCUGAGUGAUGAAGGAGACAUGGGGAUGUUGCAGGGCACAGACACAGAGGCCUCCCUGGAAGCAGAGCAUAUUUUAUUGCCCACACAGUUGCCUCCAGAUCCUAUCUCGGUUCCCAAAGGGUCUCCUCCUUCAAUAGAGCUGUCUGUUCCUCCUGAACCAGAGCCAGCUUUUCAGACUACCCCCAUAAACCAAGAUGUCUUAGAGCUACAGGCAACCAAAACACCAGAAACCAGCACUACAUUAUCUGGUGAGGCAAGUGUCAGCCAGGACACAGCACUGGAAAUCCAAGAACAUGCUUGUCACCCUCUGCCAGGGGAACCUGUGCUUUGUGCCAAAGAAAGUUGUGGGAUACUUCAUGCCCAAAAAGAUCCCCCUGCAGUCCUCCAAGAAACAGAACCUCCAAAAUCUCAGUUUGAGAUCCCCAAAAUGAACAAUUGGCCAAAGCUCAGCUUCUCAUCCUCCGUUGCUGACCAUGGCAAACCAUUGAGCUCUUUCUUUUCCCGGUCUUCAGCCUCUGGUGGUAGAACAGCAGAGACUGGUUUAAUGUCCAGUUUUAAGAAAUUGUCAGCUCUGUUUGAGGGAGGUAGUGAGGGGAAAGGAAGUAUGCUAACAAGUGAUUCCAAACUAGGGUUUGGAAGGAAGCAGGAUCUCUCAUUUCAAUGGCCAAAAGAGAACAAAGAAGCCUCUGCACAAAUGCCUGCAGAGACCAUGCCUCCAGUCUUGCUGAGCAGUAGUGAUCAGGACCUUCAUACCAGAGAGACUGAGAAAACUUUAGGGUCUUCACAAGUAUCUGGGGAUAGUGCUGAGCCAGUGAGGGUCCAUACCCAGGCUUCUGGGACUGCUGAGCAGCUGGAAGCUAGGCCAAAUGUCUAUGCUAAUGGAGUUUCAGGGCCUGAAGAAAUGGAAAAGCCUCAGGAAGUCCCAGCGACUGGAGAACACCUGGAUACUGGAGAUAGCUUCACUGGCUCCACCUGCCCUUCAAGGAAAAAUGAGAAAGAGCAUUGCACUGUUUCUGAGUUACUUCACCAACCAGGAAAACAAGAGGAGGAGGCAGUGCCCGCAUGUGCUGACUCUGUUUCAGGAGCACACCAGCCAGCCACUCUGAAUGGCAUCAAGGAACCGAUGACCGACAAAAGCCCUACCAGCAGUAGUAGGUAUGGCUCCUCCUGUAACGUGAGUCAAGGAAGCUCUCAGCUGAGUGAACUAGACCAGUACCAUGACCAAGACGAUGACCGUCGGGAGAGGGACUCCAUUCAUUCCUGCCACAGUUCUUGCAGCCUCAGCAGAGAUGGCCAAACAGGUUUUGGAGAACAAGAGAAAGCCUUGGAAUUGACAUGUGAAGUUGAGAAAGGGAAAGUGUGUGAACCCCAGGAGAUAAAAGAAGAGGCCACAGCCCAUCCUCCCCCAGAUCUGGUGCUACACAAAGACCACACCGCAGGCCCCCAGGAGAGUUUUCCUGAAGAGAAGGCAUUUUCACCAUCCACCCAAGCCAGAGUGCACUGGAUCCGAGCCGUCACCAAAGUCCGACUCCAGCUGCAAGAGAUUCCUGACGAUGGUGACACUUCUGUGCCUCAGUGGCUCCCAGAAGGGCCAGCGGGAGGGCUGUAUGGCAUUGACAGCAUGCCAGAUCUACGCAGAAAGAAGCCACUGCCACUUGUCAGUGAUCUGUCACUGGUCCAGUCCCGGAAGGCAGGGAUUACUUCUGCAAUGGCUACACGUACUUCUCUCAAGGAUGAAGAGCUGAAAUCCCAUGUGUAUAAGAAAACACUGCAAGCCUUAAUCUACCCCAUCUCCUGCACCACACCCCACAACUUUGAAGUCUGGUCGGCUAGUACCCCAACCUACUGCUAUGAAUGUGAAGGCCUGCUCUGGGGCAUUGCCCGGCAGGGCAUGCGCUGCAGCGAGUGUGGAGUCAAGUGCCAUGAGAAGUGCCAGGACUUACUCAACGCUGACUGCCUGCAACGGGCUGCAGAAAAGAGCUGCAAACAUGGAGCCGAGGACCGGACCCAGAAUAUUAUCAUGGCCAUGAAAGACCGCAUGAAGAUCCGAGAGCGGAACAAGCCAGAGAUUUUUGAAGUUAUCCGGGACGUCUUCUCAGUGAGCAAAGUUGCCCAUGUGCAGCAAAUGAAAGCAGUCAAGCAGAGUGUGUUAGAUGGCACCUCCAAAUGGUCAGCCAAGAUUACCAUCACUGUGGUGUGUGCCCAGGGCCUACAAGCAAAGGAUAAAACAGGAUCCAGUGACCCUUAUGUGACUGUGCAAGUUGGAAAAACCAAGAAGCGUACCAAGACUAUUUUUGGAAACUUGAAUCCUGUUUGGGAGGAGAAGUUCCAUUUUGAGUGCCACAAUUCCUCUGACCGCAUUAAGGUGCGUGUGUGGGAUGAGGAUGAUGACAUCAAGUCCAGAGUAAAGCAGAGGCUCAAGCGAGAGUCCGAUGAUUUCCUUGGCCAAACCAUCAUUGAAGUUCGGACCCUGAGUGGCGAGAUGGAUGUCUGGUACAACUUGGAGAAGAGAACAGACAAGUCAGCUGUCUCAGGGGCUAUCCGACUACAGAUCAGUGUGGAGAUCAAAGGGGAGGAGAAGGUGGCCCCGUACCACGUGCAGUACACAUGUCUCCAUGAGAACCUUUUCCAUCACCUCACAGAUAUCCAGGGCAGUGGAGGAGUCCGGAUCCCGGAGGCUCGAGGGGAUGAUGCCUGGAAGGUGUACUUCGAUGAGACAGCCCAGGAAAUUGUGGAUGAAUUUGCGAUGCGCUAUGGCAUCGAAUCCAUAUAUCAGGCCAUGACGCACUUUGCGUGUUUGUCAUCUAAGUACAUGUGUCCUGGUGUGCCGGCAGUGAUGAGCACCUUACUGGCCAACAUAAAUGCCUACUAUGCCCACACAACCGCUUCGACCAAUGUCUCCGCGUCUGACCGCUUUGCAGCCUCUAAUUUUGGGAAAGAGAGAUUUGUGAAACUUCUGGACCAGCUCCACAACUCACUGAGGAUUGACCUCUCUACAUACAGGAACAAUUUCCCGGCUGGGAGCCCCGAGCGACUUCAGGACUUAAAGUCCACAGUGGAUUUGCUGACCAGCAUUACUUUCUUCAGAAUGAAGGUACAAGAAUUGCAGAGCCCUCCAAGAGCCAGCCAGGUGGUAAGGGAUUGUGUGAAGGCCUGCUUGAACUCUACAUACGAAUAUAUCUUCAACAACUGUCAUGACCUAUACAGCCACCAGUACCAGCUGAAGCAGGAGCUCCCUCCAGAGGAACAAGGCCCCAGCAUCCGGAACCUGGAUUUCUGGCCCAAACUGAUCACACUCAUUGUGUCCAUCAUAGAGGAAGAUAAGAACUCCUACACACCUGUUCUUAACCAGUUUCCUCAGGAGUUGAAUGUGGGGAAAGUCAGCGCAGAAGUGAUGUGGCAUCUUUUUGCCCAAGACAUGAAAUAUGCAUUGGAGGAGCAUGAAAAAGAUCGGCUGUGUAAGAGUGCUGACUACAUGAACCUGCACUUCAAGGUGAAAUGGCUGCACAAUGAGUAUGUGCGGGAUCUGCCUGCCCUCCAGGGGCAGGUGCCUGAAUAUCCAGCGUGGUUUGAGCAAUUUGUGCUGCAGUGGCUGGAUGAGAAUGAGGACGUGUCACUGGAGUUCCUGCAUGGGGCCCUGGAACGAGAUAAGAAGGAUGGGUUUCAGCAGACAUCAGAGCACGCGCUGUUUUCCUGCUCUGUGGUGGAUGUCUUCACACAGCUCAACCAGAGCUUUGAGAUUAUCCGCAAGCUGGAAUGCCCAGACCCCAGCAUCCUGGCCCACUACAUGAGGAGAUUUGCAAAGACCAUUGGGAAGGUGCUGAUGCAGUAUGCAGACAUCCUAUCAAAGGACUUCCCGGCUUACUGCACAAAGGAGAAAUUGCCCUGCAUUCUGAUGAACAACAUGCAACAACUGAGAGUGCAGCUGGAGAAGAUGUUUGAGGCCAUGGGAGGAAAGGAGCUGGAUCCUGAAGCUGCAGACAGUCUGAAGGAACUACAGGUGAAACUCAACACAGUUCUGGAUGAACUCAGCACGGUGUUUGGAAACAGCUUCCAGGUGCGGAUCGACGAGUGUGUCCGACAAAUGGCAGACAUCCUGAGCCAGGUUCGAGGCACGGGGAAUGCAUCCCCCAAUGCCAGGGCCUCUGUGGCUCAGGAAGCAGACGGUGUGCUCCGGCCUCUCAUGGACUUCCUGGAUGCCAACCUCACACUGUUUGCCACUGUGUGUGAGAAGACAGUUUUGAAGCGGGUCCUGAAGGAGCUCUGGCGGGUGGUAAUGAACACAAUGGAGAGGAUGAUUGUCCUGCCCCCACUAACUGACCAGACGGGCACCCAGCUCAUCUUCACUGCUGCCAAAGAGUUGAGCCAGCUUUCCAAGCUCAAGGACCACAUGGUGCGAGAGGAAACCCGGAAUCUCACCCCAAAGCAGUGCGCCGUCCUCGACCUCGCCCUGGACACCAUCAAGCAAUACUUCCAUGCGGGAGGCAACGGGUUGAAGAAAACAUUCCUGGAGAAGAGCCCAGAUCUGCAGUCCCUCCGCUACGCUCUGUCUCUGUACACACAGACCACGGACACACUCAUCAAGACCUUCGUCCGUUCACAGCUUGCCCAGGGGUCUGGUGUGGAUGAUCCUGUGGGGGAAGUCUCUAUUCAGGUGGACCUGUUUACCCAUCCUGGGACUGGGGAGCACAAGGUCACAGUGAAAGUGGUGGCUGCCAAUGACCUCAAGUGGCAGACAGCAGGUAUGUUCCGGCCUUUCGUGGAAGUGACCAUGGUGGGCCCACACCAAAGCGACAAGAAGAGGAAGUUCACAACCAAGUCCAAAAGCAACAACUGGGCCCCCAAGUACAAUGAGACGUUCCACUUCCUCCUGGGAAACGAAGAGGGGCCAGAGGCCUAUGAGUUGCAGAUAUGCGUGAAGGAUUACUGCUUUGCCCGGGAGGAUCGUGUGCUAGGGCUGGCUGUGAUGCCUCUGAGGGAUGUGGCAGCCAAAGGCAGCUGUGCCUGCUGGUGCCCCUUGGGCCGGAAGAUCCACAUGGAUGAGACAGGCAUGACCAUUCUCCGGAUUCUGUCUCAGAGGAGCAAUGACGAAGUAGCUCGAGAAUUCGUGAAACUCAAAUCGGAGUCUCGGUCCACGGAGGAGGGGAGCUGAACAUCUUCGGCUUAUGUGCCAACCAGGUGGCACUGAUUCCCCAAUGAGGGCCAGAGGGAGUUAGCUAUGUAGCCAGCUUAGGGUCCUUGUAGUCAAGGCUGACCCCUUCACUGAAGGAUACUUAAGGGAAAUUUCAGGGUGGUGAGAACAUAGCUUAGGAGCAGAUGUGUGGUGCCAAGAGCUAGUCUGUGGGAUUACCAGGUAGAAAGAUUCUCCAGAGAGGGACAUCACUGAGUGUCGGCCAUUCUUGGCAGACACCUGUCCACUCUACAUAACCUCCCUCUAUCCGUCUCCAGUCAGACACGUACAGGCCAAUCUGUAGAACAGGUUUACAGCACACCUACACUGGUGCCUGGCUGGCUAGGUAGCCAGUUGAGCCUACAGGUCCUGCUGGGCCUUGUGAGGUGAGCUAGAGCAUGGUCAGGGCAAGAAGACACAGAAUAAAGUUCAGACUGUCCCUUGAGCAGAAUUCACUGAUUUCAUGUCACUCAAAGGAGAGCAAGGAUUUGAGGCUAAACAAGAGAUGGAUCCCUUCCCUCAGCCUGUUGAGAAUUAGGACCAGGUCCACAUGGUGCUAUGGAGCCCUGAGCAGAAUGCUUCUGUGGAACUUAGACAGUAUGGCCGCCCAACCAAGAGUCCCCAUACCGUGCUUCUGUAAGCAAGAGGCUUGUUGAUCAAGAUGCAUGAGUUUGUACCUGAGGGCUUAACUGAAGGGUCCAUGAGCAUUUUCUUCUUGGAGAGGCCCUGGACAAAGCCAAAAUUCAGGAAACCUAGCUCAAGAGAGUCCUUGUCACCUGGGGCGGGGCUACUGUCUUUUUGGGCUGUCCUCCACCUUGCAGGAAAAAAGAAAUCUCGCCUUUGGAGCCUCUUCCCCUUUCAUCUGCGUCACAGCUGUCCAGUUCUACGAUGGCACUUGGACUCUGAUCUCCUGGACAGACUGGAUGGAGGGCAGCGUCACUGCUCCCUGUGAGCUCAGAGAUAGACUCUUCAAGUGGUCUAUGGACUUCUUGGACCCUUGCUCAGCGGUGUGAUGUGGCCCUCGGAUUUCCUGGGCAGCAGCCUGCCAGACUUCCUGAGGACUUGGCAUUGUCCACCCGCAGUACUGGCCAUGACAUGAAAAAAGGAACCGAACUUCUCUGCUGUUGUUAGUUACUGUACGUGCCAUUGUUAGAGGAGAUUGUAGGCUAGUCUGUAAUAAAUUAUCUUAGCAGUC